UUUUGCAACAGUUGGACAAGUAAUAUACAUGUUUGGCGGUUGUUCGGGUGAAAAUAUUUACUGCACUGAUGUGCACGCAUUGGAUACAGGUUUGUUAACCUGGCAGCAUUGUGAAGUCAAGGGAGAGAUACCCAGUGGAAGGACACAUCACACUUUUACAGCACACCAUGACAAGGAUAUCUAUUUGUUUGGAGGAAUAUAUGAGUCUAAAGAUGGUAAUAAAACACCAAAGAAUGAUGUAAUGAAAUUAAGCCUAGCAAAGAUGAAAUGGAAGAUGCCACUUUAUGUAGGGAUCCCCCCCGCUUGCAGACACAACCAUGUAGCAUUUAUUCUUCAUAGCCAUCUCUAUAUCUUUGGUGGCAUGAAUGAGGAAGAAGAACUCAAUGAUAUAAUGGGGAUGAAAUUGAUAAACCCAUCAGACAGACAACCUAUAAUGAAGGAGAUUCUCUCAGAAUUUGGAAUCCAGGGAGUAAGCAGCAGGUUUACUCCCACCAAAAUACCCAAAGUGAAAUAUGAAUUAAUGGCAUCACCUUUUCCUGCCAGAAUGGAGUCCCCACCUGCAAUCCCGGCAGCUCAACUCAGAGAUUUCAUUUCUGUACGUAACCAAGCAAUGGACAUGAUCACAAGGGCCUUUGCCUUUCUGGACUUGGAGUUUCAAAAGCUAGACACUGAGAAAGCUGAAUUAGUUCAGGCCACAAUUGCUUUUCAACAAGAAAAGGAGGCUUACAACAAACAAUUCAGAUAUCAACAGCAGGAGCUGCAGGAGAUGCUAGAUAAGCACAAGGCCCAAAAUGAAGCCUGGCUCAAAGCCAGAGCAGAGGAAAAUGACAAGGAAAGGAAAGAAAUAUGUAAACUGAGGGAAGAGAUUCUUCAUGACCAGAAGAGGCUAAAAGAAGAACAGCAAAACGUUCAACAACGCAAUCAGCAGCUGCUUUCUAUUAUGCAACAAUUUAAAGGAAUGUGACCAGUCUGCUGAAUAAAGCCUGAACCACAUGAUCAGGAUCAUAGCAACAAUACAACCCUACUUGAACAACUGAGCUCUUAUAUACUAAUAUAAAAAAGAUCCAGUUACUGUGCAUGUUGAAGGACCAUAUUCAGUUAUUGUGAAAAAGAGUUUAAUCUCCUUAGGUUCUCUCAUGAGCACUGGAAUGAUAUCUCAAUUAAAUUUCCACCCACUACCUUUCAUGCAUUUUCCAUUUUGAUUCAAUGGUUUUUUUUUUCAGAUUUUUGAAGAAUUAUCUCCUUGCAUUGUCUGAGCUUAAAAAAGAAGAAAAGGCAAAACACUAUGGCUGCCCCUAUGAAAGUUGGACCCACGGAGUUUUAUUUCAGGGUCAUGCAGUUAAGAUUAGGAUGUCUUUCAUAUACCAGCAAAAAGAACAGUGCAGUUGUCAAGUAGGACAUUCUUGUUACAAAAUGUUUAAUUAUUUUUUUUUUAAACAGUGGGAAAGAAGAUAGAAACCAUAGCUAGGAUAAUGUGAUUAGAUUUUAUGGCCAGAUUCUGCUUACAAUUAAACUGGUGUAACUGCAGAACAAGUCUACUGACUACAAUAGAGUUGCAUUGAAUUCAUACAGUGGGAAACUAAGAACAGAAUUUUGAAACUGAGCAUAUUUGGAGGGACCAAAUAUGGACCAUGUUUAAACAGCUUACAGUAAUAAGGCAAAAAAUCAUGUUUGUUGGGUGCGGAGGAAUUGUCAAAGGUUUUCGGCAUUUUGUUUUCAGCUUGAUUCAUAAAAAGGAAAGUUAUUUCAGUCAUCUGCUUCUCUGUAUUAAACUGUUUCUCCUUUUUAAAUUUCAA